AUGGGUCCUCCAAGCGGUAAGACUUAUAUGGGAUGGUGGGGUCACAUGGGUGGUCCAAAGCAAAAGGGUAUAACUGCAUACGCGGUCUCUCCAUACGCCCAAAAACCAUUGCAAGGUAUAUUCCACAACGCCGUAUUCAACACUUUCAGGAGAUUCAAAUCUCAGUUCCUGUAUGUUUUGAUACCUGCAGGGAUUUAUUGGUAUUGGUGGAAGAACGGUAACGAAUACAAUGAAUAUCUAUAUAGCAAGGCUGGUAAAGAAGAAUUAGAAAGAGUUAACGUUUAG